AUUUUUUUAAAUAAAUAAUCAAAAGGGUUGUCUGAAUGGAAGAGGAAAACAACUAAAGAGACAGUUUCAAUAAUGAACUCAUUUCUACAAGAUCUCCUAAAUCUAAAAAAAUCAAAAAAAUGGAUUCUCUUUCACCUAAAAAAAAUAUUGGACAUUGGACCAAAGAUGAACAUGAAAAAUAUCUUUAAUUUUUGGAAGAUAAUUCUUAUAUGAAGAAAAACAAUAAAAUUUUUAAACCUAUGUCAGAAAUCAUUGGAACUCGUUCUCCAAGUUAAUGCAGGUACUUUGUAAAAAUAAUUAGAUCUCAUCAUUAAAAAUUCAAUCCUUAAUCCCCUCAAAUUUAGAGAAAAUCAAGCAAAAUAAUUAACAAUUCUAACUAAGGAACACCAGCAACAAUUUAAUAUGAAGAAACUAAUUAGAACUUAGAGGAUGAAAUGUAAAAUAGUAAUAGAAUCAAACUCAUGUUUUUUGAGGAAGACGACAUUGUUCAACCAACUUUUAAUUUAGAUGAUUUAUGA